AUGGCCGCCGUUCGCGCCGCCUGCUCGGCUGCUCAAACAGCAGCCAUAAGUUCAUGCAAUGCGAUAAACCGUCACCUGUCGAGGCCACUAAGCACCGCAGCCACGUCAGCACGAGCCUCUCUCGUUGCGCGUUCUCCGCCAUUGCGCAGCGCAGUCGCCUUCGUGCAGGUGCCACGUCAGCCACGUCGCGAGUCACAUUGCAUACGUGUCGUCCGUGCGAGCAGCACUGGAAGCUCCGACAAUUCGACCAAUGACGCGAGCUCGGAAGGCUCCGGCUUUUUCGGAUGGCUGAAGCUGCCGAAUCUGGACGGAUUGUUCGGAAAGAAGGGAGAGACGGAGGUGAAGACGAGUUCGGAGAUUGAGAGCGAGGGAGCUUUGGAAGAGAAUGUGAUAGCGCCGGAGCCCGAAGUGGUCAGGGAAGAGCCCCCCGAGGAGCUGGACGUGGUGAUCAUCGGAGCAUGGCUGGCGGGGCUGCGGGCAGCGGUGGAGCUGGAAGGGCUCUCUUACCCGCGCCCUCUCCUACUCACUCUCUCCCUCUUUCCCUCUCCUUCCAUUCCACACCCACAGAGCCCCAGAGGAGCUGGACGUGAGCCCCCCGAGGAGCUGGAAGUGGUGAUCAUCGGAGCAGGGCUGGCAGGGCUGCGAGCAGCAGUGGCACUACAAGACGCGGGAGCGGCGUGUGUGGUGCUGGAGGCGGCAGAAGAGCUGGACGUGGUGAUCAUCGGAGCGGGACUCGCAGGGCUGCGGGCAGCGUUAGCACUGCAGGAGGCGGGGGUGGAGUGUGUGGUUUUGGAGGCGUCAGACGGGGUGGGAGGGCGCGUGCGCACAGAUGAAGUGGACGGGUUUCUGCUUGAUAGAGGCUUCCAGAUCUUCCUCUCAGCCUACCCCGAGGCACAGCAGGUGAUGGAUUACGAGGCAUUGGACCUCAGGCCCUUCUACUCGGGCGCUCUCGUGUGGUUUGGAGGCUCCUUCCACAGGGUGGCGGACCCCUUCCGCCACACCUCCAAUGACCUCGCCUCUCUCUUCAACCCCAUCCACCCCUUUCGCCACACCUCAGACGGCCUCUGCUCUCUCUUCAACCCCAUCGGCUCUGUCUUUGAUAAACUGGUGGCCGACCCCUUCCGCCACACCUCCGACGGUCUUGGCUCUCUCUUCAACCCCAUUGGCUCUGUCUUUGACAAACUGCGCGUUGGUUUGCUGCGCCUGAAGGCCGUCUCCUCGCCCGUGGAAGGGAUUCUCUCAGCGCCGGAGAGCAGCAUUGAGGAGGCACUCAAGAAGCAGGGGUUCUCCAAUGAGCAAACUGCAUACCCCAUUGGCUCUGUCUUUGACAAACUGCAUGUGGGGCUGCUGCGCCUGAAGGCCGUCUCCACGUCCCUGGAAGGAAUCCUCGCAGCACCGGAGAGCAGCAUUGAGGAGGCACUCAAGAAGCAAGGGUUCUCCAAUGAGAUGAUUGACCGCUUCUUCCGUCCCUUCCUCGGAGGGAUCUUUUUCGACAACGAGCUCAGCACUUCCUCUAGGCUGAUGGAGUUUGUGCUACGCAUGCUCGCACUGGCACCCAACACCCUCCCCUCAUCCGGCAUUGGAGCCCUCGCCUCUCACCUCGCCUCUCGCCUUCCCUCCCACUCCAUCCGCCUCAACUCCCCCGUCUCCUCCAUCUCCCCUGCUUUUCCCACCGACGAAGCCAAUGGCAAAGGUUCGGAAGCUGGUUCGGGUGUGCCGAGCCUGCUGACGAUGCAGGACGGGAAGAGGAUCUUGGCCAAGGGAGGGGUGAUAGUGGCAGUAGAGCAACCAGUGGCUGAGAGGCUGCUUCUAGGGGAGGGAGGUAGCGACAGUAGCAGCAGUAGCAGCAGCAGCAGCAGCAGCAGCAGCGAUAACACAGCUAGCAGCACUUCUGCUACAGCCACUCAAGAGCCCCGCAGCACAGUGUGUCUCUACUUUGCGUCAGACUCCCCUGCCCCUGUCUCCGAGCCCAUCCUCUUUUUAAACGGCUCCGGUAGCGGCAUUGUCAACAAUCUCUGCUUCCCCAGUGUAGUGUCCCCUUCCUAUGCUCCGCCCGGCAAGACACUGGUUUCGGUCUCCCUUGUCGGUGCCUACGAGGGUCGGACCGAAGCUGAACUAGAGGCUCGGGUGCGCACGGAGCUGGCAGGCUGGUUUGGGAAGGAGGAAGUGGAGGCUUGGAAGAUGCUCCGGGCAUACAGGAUUCCGUUUGCUCAACCGGGACAAAGGCCUCCCACUGACUUCUCUGGGGAGGUGGAAGUGGGGGGAAGGGAGGGAGUGUAUGUGUGUGGGGAUCACAAGAGCUCCCCCACAUUUGAUGGAGCAUUGGCUUCUGGUAGAAGGGCUGCAGAAGCUUUGCUGGCUCGAAGAGGGUGA